UCCCUACUUUUCUUAUUCUCAAACAUGAUGGACAAUGUUAGAAUUUUCUCCCCUUUCUCUUCUUUGCCUUAUAUUUAAGGUCCAAUGCAAGCCUUGCAGCUUCGUCUUACUCACGGGCUCAGAAAGAAAGAGAGUUGAUGAGGAUGGAAUCGAUGAAGAAGAGGAGGAUCCUUGUGCUGCUUGUAUUGGCAGCCAUGGCGGGCUCAUUGAGUGAAAGAGCCAGUGGUGGGAGUAUAAUGAAGAAGGCUUGGAGAACAGUGAGAAGAGUGAACAAGGAAGGGCCAUACUUGGGGCUCGUAGUCCCAAACUCCUUCGAGCUGAAUCCUCUUCUCCAGUCCUCCAACUUUGUCCACAGUCCACGUCUCCCUUUCUUGGAUCUUGCAGGAAAGAGAUUUCGAUUUGGAACAGUAGGAAAAGAGAAGGUUAUUGUGGUGAUGACAGGCUUGAGCAUGCUUAAUGCUGGUAUAAGCACCCAGUUGCUUCUGACUCUCUUCGAUGUGAAAGGAGUUGUGCAUUUUGGAAUUGCUGGGAAUGCAAACUCUGAUCUCCAAAUAGGAGAUGUAACAAUUCCUCGUCGAUGGGCUCACACAGGCCUUUGGAAUUGGCAGAGAUAUGGAGAUGGUCCAAAUGAUGAACUGGCGCUGGAGGCCACUGGUGACUACACAAGAAAAAUUGGGUAUCUCAAUUUUUCAGAUUAUGAUGCGAUCAAAGAAGGAAACUUACUGAACAGCGUUUGGUACCAACCUGAAGAGAUUUUUCCAGUGGAUGGAAUUCCAGAAGUCAGACAGCAUGCCUUCUGGGUUUCUGUCAACAAGAACUACUACGCACUCUCCAGGAAUCUAGAGGGCUUGAAGCUGCCGCAGUGCAUCAACAGCACAUGCCUGAGGAGGAGGGCGAAAGUGCUGAGGGUAGAGAAUGGUUGCAGUGCAAACACAUUUGUUGACAAUGCAGGAUACAGGCAGUUCUUGAGGAAUAAGUUCGAUGUUACUCCGAUAGACAUGGAGAGCGCCGCCGUCGCGCUCGUUUGCCGUCAGGUACGCGUGCCUUUCAUCGCCUUCAGAGCGCUGUCGGACCUUGCGGGUGGUGGCUCCUCUGAAUCCAAUGAGGCUGCUGUUUUCAGUUCACUGGCCGCUCAAAAUGCUGUGGACGUUGUCAUAGAAUUCGUCAAUCUCUUGCAUUGAAGUGAAUGCCUCAUGAAUUAUGUGUUAUGUGUUAGAAGACGGAAAAGUAAUUGGGCAACAGUAGAGCAAUAAUUAAUCUUCUUGAAAUUGAUGUAUCCAUGACAAACUUAGUUGAGAGAUCUUUUACAUGAGUUAGUUUACUAGUCGUCUGAA